AUGGUCUGGACGGUGCUUCUGCUCCAGCUCCUGGCGCUCAGCUCAGGGGUGGAUUCUCAGACUGUGACCCAGGAGCCAUCCAUGUCAGUAUCUCCAGGAGGGACAGUCACACUCACCUGUGGCCUGAGCUCUGGGGCAGUCUCCACUAGUAACUACCCCAGCUGGUACCAGCAGACCCCAGGCAAGCCUCCACGAAGUCUCAUCUACAACACAAACAGCCGCUUCGAUGGGGUCCCUGCCCGCUUCUCUGGCGCCAUCUCUGGGAACAAGGCCGCCCUCACCAUCUCGGGGGCCCAGGCUGAGGAUGAGGAUGUCUACUACUGUCUGGUGUACACGGGUGGUAGUACUAAUACUUCCACGGUGAUGUAA